CCAAACUCCCAAUCUCACAAUGGUCCCAAAACCCACCCCGGAUCACGUCAACGGCGGACCCGCCACCACCAAGUCGUCGCCGUCAGAUCUCCUCUCCAACCUCUCCUUCAAAACCCUAAAACUCAAAACAAAACAGCAGGAGCUUCUGAUCCGCGUCUCCAUCCUAUGCCUCGUCUACCUCCUCGCCUUCAUCACCCGCCUCUUCAGCGUCCUCCGCUACGAGUCCAUGAUCCACGAGUUCGAUCCCUACUUCAAUUACCGUACUACCCUCUACCUCACCCAGAACGGCUUCUACGACUUCUGGAACUGGUUCGACUCCGAGAGCUGGUACCCUCUGGGCCGCAUCAUCGGCGGGACCCUCUACCCUGGCCUCAUGGUCACCGCCGCCCUCAUCUACUGGGCCCUCCGCUUCCUCCGCUUCGCCGUCCACAUCCGCGAAGUCUGCGUCCUCACGGCGCCGUUCUUCGCGUCCAACACCACCAUUGUUGCGUACUUGUUCGGGAAGGAGAUUUGGGACACCGGCGCCGGGCUCGUUGCGGCGGCGUUGAUCGCUAUCUGUCCCGGGUACAUUUCGAGAUCGGUGGCUGGGUCUUAUGACAAUGAGGGCGUGGCGAUUUUCGCGUUGUUGUUGACGUUUUACUUGUUUGUCAAGGCUGUGAACACCGGGUCGCUGGCUUGGUCGUUGGCCUCGGCGUUCGGGUACUUCUACAUGGUUUCGGCUUGGGGUGGUUAUGUGUUCAUUAUUAACUUGGUUCCUAUUUAUGUUUUGGUGCUGUUGAUUACGGGGCGGUACUCGAUGAGGUUGUAUGUGGCUUAUAAUUGCUUUUAUGUUGUGGGGAUGUUGCUGGCUAUGCAAAUUCGGUUUGUUGGGUUUCAGCAUGUGCAGUCUGGGGAGCAUAUGGGUGCCAUGGGAGUCUUCUUCUUGAUGCAGGUGUUCUAUUUCCUUGAUUGGGUUAAGCAUAUGCUAAGUGAUACAAAGAUGUUCCAAGCCUUCCUAAGGAUCACUGUGACCUGCGCAGUAGGUGUUGGUGCAGUUGCUUUGGGAGUUGGCACUGCGUCUGGGUAUAUCUCUCCAUGGACAGGCCGGUUUUAUUCUUUGCUAGAUCCAACAUACGCAAAGGAUCACAUUCCGAUUAUUGCAUCUGUCUCUGAGCAUCAGCCAACGGCGUGGUCAUCAUUUAUGUUUGAUUUCCAUAUCUUGCUCUUCCUUUUCCCUGCCGGUCUCUACUUUUGCUUCAAGCGAUUGUCUGAUGCCACGAUAUUUAUAGUUAUGUAUGGUCUUACAAGCAUGUAUUUUGCUGGUGUCAUGGUUCGGUUAAUUCUUGUUGCCACACCUGCCGUUUGUCUUAUUAGUGCCAUUGCUGUCUCUGCGACUAUAAAGAAUUUGACACAGUUGGUAAGAGCUAAGGACAAGAUUCCCCAGACUGGUUCUACCAAAGGAGCCAGUAGUGCAAAGGGUUCUUCUAAGGGUUCAAUUGAUCAAUCUCAGCCUUUUCAAAAAAAUGGUGCCAUUGCCUUACUUUUUGGUGCAUUUUACUUGCUCAGCAAGUAUGCAACCCAUUGUACCUGGGUCACAUCUGAGGCAUACUCGUCUCCAUCAAUUGUCCUUGCUGCAAGGGGUGCUAAUGGGAACAGGGUCAUCUUUGAUGAUUAUCGUGAGGCAUACUAUUGGCUUCGUCAGAAUACUCCUCCGGAUGCUAAAGUGAUGUCAUGGUGGGAUUAUGGCUACCAAAUCACUGCAAUGGGAAACAGAACUGUUAUAGUUGACAACAAUACCUGGAACAAUACACACAUUGCUACUGUUGGGCGGGCAAUGUCAUCUUAUGAAGAUGAGGCAUAUGAUAUAAUGAGAUCGCUUGAUGUGGAUUAUGUUCUAGUUGUGUUUGGUGGUGUUACUGGUUAUUCUUCUGAUGAUAUUAACAAGUUUCUGUGGAUGGUGAGAAUUGGGGGUGGAGUAUUUCCUGUAAUUAAGGAACCUGAUUACCUUGUUAAUGGAGAAUAUCGUGUUGACAAAGGCGCAGCUCCAAAGAUGUUGAACUGUCUCAUGUACAAGCUGUCUUAUUACAGAUUUGGAGAGCUGACUACAGAGUAUGGCAAACCUCCUGGGUAUGAUCGUGCAAGGGGGGUUGAAAUUGGAAAUAAGGAUAUCAAACUCGAAUACUUGGAAGAGGCAUUUACAACGUCCAAUUGGAUUGUUCGUAUUUAUAAGGUCAAGCCACCAAAUAAUAGGUGGUAAGAGGUGGUUUCCAUGUUGCCCCGCAGGACCAGGACAGUAAUGAUAGAAGAUGGAGGAUGAGAGCUUCAGACUUUAAAUAUAGUUUAGUGUAGCGAAGCGAAACAUAAUUUUCUUUAGAGUUGGUUGGUUUGUAGCACUCAAGGCUAAGGCUCUGACUUCCUGAUUUGGAACCCUUACUUGGACGACCAUCUUUUUGCCUCACUAAGUUACAACGGUUAUUUUCAUUG